GUGCUGAUUUACACCGCUGACCAGAUGACUCGGAAAAAUAAAAAUAAAGUCUGUAAUCUUCAACUAUAAACUACAUCUUGUAAAUAAUGCGCCUCGUUAAGCCAGGAUUAUACGCUGGGACAAGAGAAGAUGCUAUGAAUUACUGCCAGCUCAAGGAAGCCGCAAUUAAUCGGGUACUUACUAUAGACAGUCAGUCCCUUCCAGAUUUACAAGAUGAUCGACAAAAAAAGAGUCUAUUUGUAUAUUGUCUGGAUGAGCCCAACGCAGAUUUGUUGUCACAUCUAGAUGAAUGUAUAAGAUUUAUCGAGGAUGGGAUAAAACACGAAGAACCAGUUCUGGUUCACUGCCUCGCAGGAGUGUCUCGUAGUAUUGCUGUUAUACUGGCAUACAUCAUGAAAUCUGACCAAGUAUCUUUGGAUGACGCUGUGAAUAAAAUGAGUGAAAUAUAUUCAUCAGAAAUUAGCCCAAAUCAAGGAUUUUUGGACCAGCUUAAGAUCUAUGAGGAGAUGGGCUGUAAAGUCAAUACAUCCAGUGCUCUAUUCAAACAGUACAGACUUCAACUGUUAGCAAGUCAAAUACAAGAUGGUUGUCAUUCAAGAACUGAUAUUCUAGCAAAAUUUAUUCAGGAAUUUAAAUCCCCAAUGGAAAGAAGCCAAAAUAUUUAUAAAUGCAAAAAAUGCAGGGUGACUCUGUUCAAUUCUGGAAGCACAGUUGAGCAUGAGACCGGAAGUAUGCCCUUCAAUUGGCAAAAGAAAGAUCAAACACACCUCAAUACAUCCAUGCCCUUGUGCACAUCUCUCUUCAUAGAACCAGUAGAAUGGAUGCUUAGUGGACUUCAAGGCACAGUUGCGGGGAAGAUCUGCUGCCCGAAAUGCUCAGCUAGGCUAGGAUCAUUCAAUUGGGCAGGAAUGCAGUGCUCAUGUGCAGCAUGGAUCACACCAGCUUUCCAAUUCCACAAAAACAGAAUUGAUGAGGCAGUGAGGUUAGCACCAGUCAGAGCCAAUAGAGACCAACCAGCAAACAGAACUGGCCAAGAUAUUGGGUGAUAAUUUUUCUAGUGUGGACGUUUUGUAAAUAAAUAUAGACUUUAAUAAACAGUUUUUUAAUA